AUGACUAGUGAUGGGGAUGAUACUUCUGCAAAAUGCCAAUACUGUGGAAAAGACGAUUCAGAAGAUAAAGGUAAAGUAAUCUGGGUUGGAUGUGAAUACUGUGAUUCAUGGGUCCAUUUACUAUGCUUACCGAUUAAUUGUAUGAUUCCAAAACCCGAUAAUAAGGAGGAACUAAUGGAUAUAAAAGAGAAUCAGAUAAACUCUUUCAGAUGCUUAUUACAUAGCGAUGAUAAGCGACCAGAGUUGAAGUUGGUACGCAUAAGUACCGCUAAACAAAGUAGGUUGAGAAAGAAGCGCGCUAUUGAUUAUGUAGCACUUAAUGAGGGAAAUGACAAACGUUUGAAACAUGAACAUCCACACAUAAAGGCUUUUCUUGCUUGUUUUGAAAGAUGGAAGGGUCUUAAGACUAUAACAUCAAAGCAGUUAGAAUCUGAUUUCCAAAGUAUUAAAGAACCUUUGAGAGUAAUUGAUCCAGAAAACAGCGGUAUGUACGUUUCCACUGCAAAUGAGCUUGGUCUAGUAGAUGAUAAGAAUAAUACUAAGUUAAAUGUUGAUUUUUUGACUCAAAUUUUAGGUGAUGAUUACCCAAUAGACGUUAUGGAUGUACAAACUCAGAUGAAUGAAAGAUGGACAUUAGCUCAAUGGAAUGAUUAUUAUACGAAUACAAGUGUUCAGAAAAGAGACCGGAUUAAAAACGUAAUUUCGUUGGAAGUUAGUCAUGUUGAACAAUUUAAGAAUGGGAUUAGACGACCAAAAGCGGUAGACAACAAUGAUUUGGUUGACCUAGUUUGGAAUUUCGGUGGUGAAAACGACGACAUCGAACGUCCCAAAGUAACAAAGUAUAUUCUUAUGUCAGUUCAAAAUGCAUACACAGAUUUUCAUCUUGAUUUCGCUGGAACCAGCGUGUAUUAUAAUGUCAUUUCUGGUGCCAAGAAGUUCAUCCUAUUUCCACCUACAGAGUUUAAUUUGAAACAAUAUAAAAAAUGGUGUGAUGAUGACAACCAAAACCUUGUUUUCUUAGGUGAUCUAUUAAAGGAGGGUAUUGCUAUGGACCUUACAGAGGGGAACCUAUUUAUGAUUCCAUGUGGUUAUAUCCAUGCAGUAUUUACGCCACGUGAUUCUUUUAUUGUCGGCGGUAAUUUCUUGACUUUAAGAGAUAUUACCACACAAUUGGGUGUGGUAGCCAUUGAAAGAGCCACUAAAGUGCCAAAAAAAUUUACAUUUCCUCAAUUUGACAUUGUAAUGGGAAAGACAUGUGAAUGGCUACUGGAAUCUAAUAAUAUUGAGAAGGUGAAACCAGCGGAUGUUGUAAGCCUCAUUGCUUAUCUUAAAUCGUCCAAAACCAAGUACAGACCAUUAAAACAUGAGACAAAAAAAGCUCUCAUUCUAGCACUCUCUAAUAAGCUCGAUAAUACAUCAGCCGAUGCGUUGUAG